GGCUUGAGUGCCUGCAGGCAAGGCAACAAUAUGGAUGCCAGAGUGCUCCCUUCACCCAGUACUCAAUUCCCAAUAGUUUGCCUUAUCCACGUCACCAGAUAGCCUUGUGAAUAAUAUUAUUAUGACCAUGUUAUAUAGCACCGGGUGAAUACGGUGGCUUCAAUUAGCUCGCCAUGGAGCAAGUUAACCCCGCUACAAACAAGCAGACGCAGGCUCCCACCAAGCGGUCUUAUCUCAUAACGCUCUCUCAAACUUGAUACUGCAUACACUCCCACCCUUCGUUUCCCCUUCCAUUACAGCUCGGAGGGGAGGAAAUUAGUCCCCUCUGCAACAUGACCGGCUGGAAUGCUCUCAUCGCUGAUAAGCUCAGGGACCGUGCUUCCAGAAUCCCUCCUGACUGGAUACUUCCGGAAGCCAUUUUGACUCAGAUCAAUCAGGACGCCGACAUAAGUGCCUUUGAUAUCUCAAGGAGCCAUCGUCUGUUGACUAGGGAGGAGAUCAGAAUCACAGAGUCCUAUGACGCCCAGGGCCUCCACCGUGAUAUUAUUCAAGGCACGUUGACUUCCCUCCAAGUCUGUAAGGCUUUUUGCAAGAGAGCUGCGAUUGCACAGCAGUUGACCAACUGCGCGACUGAGAUAUUCUUCGCAGAAGCAUUUGAGAGAGCGAAAUUUCUCGAUGAUUAUCUAGCCAAAUACAAUAGGCCUUACGGGCCCUUCCAUGGCCUCCCUAUCAGUGUAAAGGACAGCUUCAAUGUCAAAGGACAAGCGACUACAAUCGGUUUUGUGUCUUUCCUGAAGGAGCCACUUGCUGCUGAGAAUUCUCCUCUCGUUGAUAUCCUCCUUGCAAAUGGCGCGAUCUUGUACCUCAAGACAAAUAUUCCACAGACAUUGUUGACCAUGGAUAGUGUCAACAAUGUUUUUGGACGAACGUUGAACCCCCAUAAACUUAGCCUCAGCGCUGGUGGCAGUAGUGGGGGUGAAGGCGCUCUGGUGGCCUUUCGAGGCUCCAUCUUAGGGGUAGGUACAGAUGUUGGAGGUUCCAUUCGCGCACCAUCUCUCUGCAACGGCACAUAUGGCUUCAAACCAACUGCAGACCGAAUGCCACACGGAAAGGUUGAAUUGGGAGACAGACCAGGAACCCCUGGCCUCGUAUCUGCAGUUGGGCCACUCGCAAACAGUGCAUCGGACUUGACGUUCUUCUGUCGAACGAUUCUCUCCUCAGAGCCAUGGCGCCUUGAUUCUACUGCUCUUGGAACUGGAUGGCGGCAUGUGCCUCCGAAGAAGAGACUGAGUAUCGGAUUUUAUAUGGGCGAUGAGGAUUUCCCACUAUUUCCACCUGUGAAACGGGCACUCAAAUCCGCACAGGCUGCACUCGAGACGGCUGGCCACACUGUGCGUUUAGUAACUAAUGCCCCCUCAUUCCACGAUGGUCUAAAGCUGGCAGCACGAUACUUCCUCUUUGACAACAAACAAACCCUCCUGCAGCAUGUUCUGAAGGGCGAAGAGCAACCAAUCAAAGCCUUGGAGUACACUUCUCCAGCUACUCUAGCUGGCAUACAGGAUCCCACAUUCACGUUGGACGAUGUCUGGAACGCCAAUACUUCGUUGAUCGCGUACCGGGAAAAGAUGGCUGAAGUUUGGAGGGAGUAUAAGUUGGAUGUUCUUAUCUGUCCUGGUCACUGGUCGACUGCAGGUCCACAUGAUACAUAUGGACCGCCGAUAUAUACUGUCAUCUGGAAUUUGUUGAAUUUUCCUACGAGUAUCAUUCCUUACCUCAAGGCUGAUAAAUCACUGGACUCAGAAACAUGUGACGGUUAUGAUCCCGAUGCAGUAGACGGUGCACCUACUGCUAUUCAGGUUGUUGGAUGGAGAUUUCAAGAUGAAGAAGUACUCAUGGCUACUGAGGUCAUUGACAAGGUUCUCCGUGAUGAUUUGAAGUUCAAACCCAUGCUAUAACAUGAUGAUGUUCCUUCAGAUUGUCUACAUUUGGAUUUUAUGAGGGACGGUCAUAGUAGUUGCAUUGGAAUAUUAAAUACAAUACAGAAAGCAACCCCCUA